GCCUAUGAGCUUAGGAUGAGGAUGGUAAGAACCUAUUUCCCUACUUGUAACGAAGAGCUAGAAGAUGACCGACCACCGAGUUCGCCCUUCCAUCCCUCUUCCUAAACACACACGAAGAAGCUAGACGCUAAGCCGCUUUGGAUCAUCUUCAUACCUUCAGACUGUUGCCUGCUUCGCAUCCUCUCUCAGACGAGCUCUUUAUAAACGUUGACAGUAUUAUGCAGCAAUCAAAGAUCAGUACACUUGUAUCUAGACUUUUACAACAUUCAAGGAGGAGCCCGUUAAAUUCAAAUUGUUUUGGUCUGCAAAGAGGACCACAACUAUGUUACUCUACCAUCUCAUAUGGGGAGUUUGAGGAGGCCCACACUGAUCUGCCGAAUGACGAGGAGCUGAUUCCUAACAAAAGAGAGAUCCAACCACAAGGAGUGGACCCAAAAAAGGGUUGGAAUUUCAGAGGCGUACACCGGGCAAUUAUUUGUGGUAGACUUGGACAAGCUCCGGUUCAGAAAAUCCUCAGGAAUGGCCGGACUGUAACCAUUUUCACAGUGGGAACAGGAGGCAUGUUUGACCAAAGAACUAUCUGGUCAGAGAACAUGCCAAGACCAGUUCAGUGGCACAGGAUUGUUGUACAUAAUGAAGCGCUUGGUGCAUAUGCUGUUCAAAAACUUAUGAAAGACUCACCAGUUUAUGUUGAAGGGGACAUUGAGACAAGAGUCUAUAAUGACAGCAUCAAUGGGCUGGUGAAAAAUGUCCCUGAGAUAUGCAUCCGGCGUGAUGGCAAGGUUCGCCUUAUUAGGACAUCUGAAGGCAUCAGCAGUGCUUCACUUGAUGACCUAAGAGAAGGCUUAUUUUAGACUGUGGCAUGAUCAAGCAUGGUAACAUGGUACGGGCUUGGUUAUUUGUGACGGCACUUCAUUGCAGCGAUGACAGCCACCAAGAUUUUGAUAUGUUUGUAUUGUUGAAUCCAUAUUCUAAGUUCAUCGGGCAGUGUUAAAGAGAGUGAUCAUGGUGUUUACUUUUGUAAUGACAGGUCCACUAAUUUCUGCAAAACAGUUGCUUGCACAUGCACACUCACAGAGAGAGAGAGAGAGAGAGAGAGAGGGGGGGAGAGAGAGAGAGAGAGAGAGAGAGAGAGAGCUUUGAAGGCUAUGCGUUUGCUACUCUUCGUUACCUGCACAUAGAUACGGGGAAGGCAUACUUUUCUUUCUAGUCGGCAUCCAUCAAGAUCAUGGUCGCUGUUCAAAAGAGAUUUGCCACUCCAUCAAGAGAGAGGGGCCAUAUAUUUGUUGUAUAUCAUUUGUCUAGAUGAAGAUAGGUGAUCUGAGGGCUAAGCAGAUAAUUACCGAGCAUGCUAACAGUACUGUGCCCCAAGUAACCUUUCCAACCUUAAGGCCAAAGUUCACACGUCUAUCUAGGUGGUGGAGUUCAUUUUGAUGCAACUUCCGUAUUCAUGCCACUGCUAACUGAUGAGAACUGCUUCUCUUUGUAGCCUUCACAUUUUUUAUAUUUUUUCGAUCCAUAUUUUACAUGUUUGCAAUGGCCUUGUUUUCCUGAGAAAAACCUGAACUUCUAGCUUA